GUCCUCCGCAGGGAUUUCGCGGCUUAUUGCCCGGCGGGUGGGGAGCUGCGGGCCCUGCUCGUCACCGAGCCCCUCCGGCCCGCCCUCUCGGGUCCCGGCGUCGAGUUUGUUGUCGAAUCCGAGGGUCAGUAUCAGGCCUCCCUGCACUGGAUCACGAGGAGGACCGAAGCCGUAAUGAAACACUUGCAGAACAACAACGUUAAGCUAUUGCUGUCGAGCGUGAAGCAAGACGAAGUAGUUAUCUACUAUGCAAAAUUAUACGGUGUGUCUGUGGUAGAGUGCUUAUCGUCGGAAGAAAUGGCCCUUAUCUGUGAAAUCACAGGAGUCUCGCCUUGUGCACCUUUUGGUGACAACAUAUGCGGAGAAAUCACUGAAACCGUGGUGGCAACAUUUUGCCAGCCCUUGCUGCUGGGCUCAAAGAGAUGCGUUCACAUUGGCUUUACCAGUGUGUGCGCCUUUCAGCCCCACUGCCUGAUUCUUUGUGGGCCGGUGGAUGGUGUUAAUGAGCAACAUGCUGCUGCUUUACAGGGGGCAUUUACAAUGCUGCAGCAGCUCUUUAAAACAGUUGAUCGGAGGGAGGAAUGUAAAGCAGAAGGUGAAAGCCAGAAUGAAACCUCACAUGCUUGCAGUUGCCGUUCUUCAGCUACUCAGAAGCAAUUUGUAGUAGAAAAUGUGACUUGUAAUCAGGCUUCUGAACAUCAACUGAAAGCAGAUAGGGAUGAAACAGAGGCACAAACCGUAGACCCUGAUUUGCAGCGAAGUGAAAAUUCAGUACGUGUGCAAAUAGACUUAAAAAUGCCCUCAAAUCCCAUCUCACACGUCAAAGAGUUCAAUGUUGCCGCUGAAGGAGAUGGCUCUUCAAGAGACAUACAGAAAGUGGAUGGAAAAUGCGAGUAUUUGGGUGGCAUGGAUGAGAACUGUAAAAGUGAUUCACCUGUGGACAAUCAAAAGAACUGCAGCAGUGCUUUAUUAGCAGGACAUAAUGCUUGCAUAGUCACUGCCCAUGAAUGCUUGUAUGUUGGCAAAGAUCUAGAGAAAACAAGUUGCAAUAUAGCUCCAUUUAAACAUGAAAAGAGUUGUGUAAGUAUUGCACAGAAUUAUCCCAACUCCCUUAUAGAAGCAGGGUCAGUUUUGCCAGUAGGAGGGUACUUUGAAAUCCUGUUACAUUAUUAUAUUCAGUACUAUGCAAAACAGUUUCAGCAGUCAGAGGUAACUCUCAUAUCUAACGUAGUUGCUGAUGCUUUGCUCAGUAUUCCCAAGUCUUUGUAUGGGACAGCGGAACAAAACAGCUUUCCCAGAUUCUAUCUCGAAGCCAUACAUGCGCUCAGAAAAGAUCAGCCACUGCCUAUGAACAAGAAAGGCUUAGAAUCAGUGUAUUGCAAAUACCAGUUAGUCGUUUCAGUUCUUCAUUGUGUUACGGAGCUUCUUUCCAUAGAUUUAAUAAUUGGUAUUAAGCGGCCACUGCAAAAAAAUGAGGAUUAUGACUCAGAAGAUGACUUCUGA